GUCAGCGCAGGGCGGCGAGCGGAAUGCAGCGGCCCGAGGCCUGGCCACGUCCGCACCCGGGGGAGGGGGCCGCAGCCGCCCAGGCCGGGGGCCCGGCACCGCCCGCCCGAGCCGGGGAGCCCGCGGAGUCGCGGUUGCAGGAACCUUCUCUCUACACCAUCAAGGCUGUUUUCAUCCUAGACAAUGACGGACACCGCCUGCUGGCCAAGUAUUAUGAUGACACGUUUCCCUCCAUGAAGGAGCAGACGGCCUUUGAGAAAAAUGUCUUCAAUAAGACCAGUCGGACUGACAGUGAAAUUGCAUUUUACGGGGGCAUGACCAUCGUCUACAAGAGCAGCAUUGACCUCUUCCUGUAUGUCGUGGGCUCAUCCUACGAGAAUGAGCUGAUGCUCAUGUCUGUUCUCACCUGCCUAUUUGAGUCCCUGAAUCACGUGUUAAGGAAGAACAUGGAGAAGCGCUGGCUGCUGGAGAACAUGGAUGGAGCCUUCCUGGUGCUGGACGAGAUUGUGGAUGGCGGUGUGAUUCUGGAGAGCGACCCCCAGCAGGUGAUCCAGAAAGUGAAUUUCAGGGCAGAUGACAGCGGCUUGACUGAACAGAGUGUGGCCCAGGUCUCUCUGCACAGACUAAUCUUGAUUUUAUGGAGCUUCCUGCCCUGGCACUAACCACCUACUCAUGCUGUGGCGGUCCAGGCUGAAAUGGGUAUAGAACGGCCCAUGUGGAGCCCCAGGUUCUUCAGUCUGCCAAGGAACAAAUUAAAUGGUCAUUACUGAAAUGAAGGCUGUGCAUUCAAAGCUCCCUGCCCCAGAUAAUUUCCCCAAUCCUGGCAAAAGCUCAAAGACCCCAGGGGACAGGAGAGACCCCUCUGCAUCCCUAGGCCCUCCCAGGACCGACUCCUGAAGCCUCUGGCCAGGGACUCUGAAAUGAAAAGAUUUGGCUUUAGCACUGAGUCACCCCUUCUCAUUGCCCAGGCCUGCCCCUUGGGCAGUGAGAACCAGCUGAGCUGCCUUAACUCAGACCUUAGGCAUCCCUCACCCCAGAGCCCAAAUAAACCUGCUUGUCUC